AUGUCCAUCUCUACAAGACCACCACCGCCCGAUUCCUGGAAUUGCAAUUACAUGCUCCCAGGUCCACCCAGUCGCAACAACUUCGGAUCCGCAGAUUUAAGCUCCUCCGGUUUGUUAGCCUUUGCAUCCGGUUCCUCUGUCUCCAUUCUCGACUCUCGCUCUCUCCAGCUCAUCUCCACAAUUCCUAUUCCUCCACCCACCGCCACCAAUUCCACCUCAUCUCUCUCUCCUUUCGUCACUUCCGUUCGCUGGACUACUCUCACCCUCCGUUGUGACUUACUCUCCGCUGAACCCUCCACCUCGCAUCUUCUCCUCGCCGCCGGCGACCGCCACGGCCGCAUCGCUCUACUAGACUUCCGCCUCCGCUCUGUCAUCCUCUGGCUCGACCCUGACCCUAAUCCCAGGCUUGGGAUCCAGGACCUCUGCUGGAUCGUAUCCAAACCCGACUCCUACCUCCUCGCUGCGAUUAACGGAACUUCCAUUCUCUCUCUCUACAGCACGACAACUCCCGCCGCGUGUAUAUGGAAAUACGACGCCUCGCCUGAAUACCUCUCCUGCAUCCGCCGCGAUCCUUUUGAUUCCCGCCAUUUUUGCGUCAUUGGUUACAAAGGUUUCCUAUUGUCGGUAAAAGUUUUAGGACAGAGAGAGGAUGAAGUUGUAAUCAAAGAAUUGAAGAUUCCAACGGAUUGUACGGAAUUGCUGAAGCUGGAGAGGGAUGUGAGUGGCGGCGGCUUCUCUUCCACGUCGCCUGCUGCUGGGUUAUUCCCGCUUUAUAUGGUGAAAUUUGCUUUUUCGCCACAGUGGAGGCACAUUUUAUUUGUGACAUUUCCGAGGGAGUUAGUUGUGUUUGAUUUGCAGUAUGAGACCACACUUUCUGCUGCAGCAUUGCCGCGAGGCUGCGCCAAGUUUCUAGACGUGUCUCCUGAUCCCGAUAAUGACUUACUCUAUUGCGCUCAUCUUGAUGGGAAGCUCAGCAUAUGGCGCCGGAAAGAAGGAGAACAGGUGCAUGUAAUGUGUACAAUGGAAGAGUUUAUGCCUUCAAUUGGUACAUCUGUUCCUUCACCUUCAAUUCUUGCUGUCCUCGUCUGUCAAUCAGAGUCUACCCUCCAGAAUAUUGGCAAGUCUUAUGCACAUGCAUUUCGUUCUCCUUCAGCCAAUGUAGAUUUUGACAAUCCUUUCGAUUUUUCUGAUGAUCCGCUUCUUCUUACAAAGACACGUUUAAUCUCCAUUUCUGAAGAUGGAAAAGUAUGGAGCUGGCUCUUGAGUGCUGAAGGGGUUGGGGAUUUUCAGCAGGAUGUUAUAAACCCUGGCAUCCAUGCUGAUGUCACUGAAGUUCCAGUUUUGGGUAACUUUACUAAUGAUGUGCGUGCCCCAGAAGCAGUUAAGCAACUAGAACAUGUGAGUGGCAGCAGACACUGUCCAUCAAAUUCUACCUCCAGUCGGGCAGAUAUGUCAUUUAAGGUCAGCUUGGUUGGACAGCUUCAACUUCUUUCUUCAACAUUGACCAUGCUGGCUGUACCUUCUCCUUCUUUAACAGCUACUCUGGCCCGUGGAGGAAACUAUCCUGCUGUAGCUGUUCCACUUGUUGCUUUGGGAACCCAAAGUGGAACAAUUGAUGUUGUUGACGUUUCUGCCAAUGCUGUUGCUGCAAAUUUUUUUGUUCAUAAUGGUACUGUCAGGGGACUAAGAUGGCUUGGAAAUUCUAGACUGGUUUCAUUUUCUUACACUCAGGUGAAUGAGAAAACCGGAGGUUACAUUAAUAGGCUUGUCAUCACAUGUCUUAGAAGUGGGCUUAAUAGAACAUUUCGAGUUCUACAAAAGCCUGAACGUGCACCUAUAAGAGCCUUAAGGGCUUCUUCUUCUGGAAGGUAUCUUCUAAUUCUGUUUCGUGAUGCCCCUGUAGAGGUUUGGGCAAUGACAAAAAAUCCCAUUAUGCUUAGAUCAUUAGCUCUUCCCUUCACGGUAUUGGAAUGGACUCUUCCAACAGUUCCUCGGCCAAGUCAAAAUAGUCCUUUUAGGCAAUCAUCAAUGUCCUCCAAGGAUCAUACAGCCAUGACUACAGAUGGAGUGUCUUCAUCAUCAAAGGCAUCUUCAUCAGAUUCCAAGGCAGUGGGAUCUGAUGGAUCCCAAGAUGAUGCUUCUGAAAGUUUUGCAUUUGCGCUAUCAAACGGCGCACUUGGAGUUUUUGAGGUUCAUGGGCGGAGGAUUCGAGAUUUUAGACCAAAAUGGCCAUCUUCUUCAUUUGUUUCGUCUGAUGGAUUGAUUACAGCCAUGGCCUAUCGCUUGCCCCACGUUGUUAUGGGGGAUAGGUCAGGAAACAUCCGGUGGUGGGAUGUUACAACUGGACAUUCUUCCUCAUUUAAUACUCACAGAGAUGGAAUCCGAAGAAUAAAAUUCUCACCUGUCGUUUCAGGAGACCGUAGUCGAGGGCGCAUUGCAGUACUAUUUUAUGACAAUACAUUUUCUGUAUUUGACCUUGAUUCACAAGACCCAUUAGCAAAUUCCCUUUUACAACCUCAAUUUCCUGGAACUCUUGUAUUGGAACUCGAUUGGCUGCCUUUGCGAACUGAUAAAAAUGACCCAUUGGUAUUGUGUGUAGCUGGAGCUGACAGCAGCUUCCGCCUUAUUGAGGUUAAAAUAAAUGAGAAAAAAAUUGGCCACACGCCCCAGACUCGAACUAUUAGAGAGAGAUUCCGUCCUAUGCCUUUAUGCUUACCUAUAUUAUUUCCUACUCCACAUGCACUGGCAUUGAGGAUGAUCUUACAAUUGGGUGUGAAGCCUUCUUGGUUUAAUACUUGCAGCACAACCAUAAAGAAGAGACCCCACUUAAUUCCUGGAACUCCUUCAUCCACGAAGGAUCUUCGCAGUCACAUGAUUGGUUUACCUUCUAUUGGUGACUCAGUUGUGCCAGAGAUGCUCCUCAAAGUAUUAGAGCCUUACAGGAAAGAGGGCUGCAUGCUUGACGAUGAGAGGGCAAGAUUGUAUGCUACUGUAGUGGAUAAAGGCUGUGCUGCAAGGUUUGCCUUUGCAGCUGCAAUCUUUGGUGAAACCCCAGAAGCACUUUUUUGGUUACAGUUGCCUCAUGCUCUUAAUCAUUUGAUGAAUAAGUUAUUAAAGAAGUCUCCACAAAAAGCCCCUCUCUCAGCUUCUAGUUCAGGGCUUGAUGACACAGCUAUGCUAAGUAGGAUUACAUCAAAGGGAAAAUCAAUUCCAGGAACCAGAAAGAGGGAUUCUUUGAGUCAGGGUCAACUUAGAUUAAUGGCUUUCGGACAAGAAGAGUUGUGGGAAACUGCUAGUGAGCGUAUUCCUUGGCAUGAGAAAUUGGAGGGAGAACAGGCUAUUCAGAACCGUGUUCACGAGCUUGUCUCAGUUGGAAACUUAGAAGCUGCAGUUAGCUUAUUGCUUUCCACUUCUCCAGAGAGCUCUUACUUCUAUGCAAAUGCUCUUCGUGCUGUUGCUCUUUCUUCUGCUGUGUCAAAGUCUCUUCUUGAACUUGCAGUUAAGGUCGUUGCAGCCAACAUGGUGAGGAAUGACAGGUCACUGUCUGGCACUCAUCUUCUUUGUGCUGUUGGAAGAUAUCAAGAAGCCUGUUCUCAGUUGCAAGAUGCGGGAUGCUGGACUGAUGCUGCAACAUUAGCUGCCACACAUUUGAAGGGAUCUGACUAUGCAAGGGUUUUGCAGAGGUGGGCCGAUCAUGUCCUUCAUGUUGAACACAAUAUCUGGAGGGCUCUUAUUUUGUAUGUCGCAGCUGGUGCAUUGCAGGAGGCAUUGGCAGCACUUCGUGAGACACAACAACCUUACACAGCUGCUAUGUUUGUACUUGCUUGUCGUGAAAUUUAUACAGAAAUUACCACCAAUUUAGAAAAUUCAGAUGAUGAAUCUGGGUCAUCAAGCAGCAAUAUGUCGGUCAAUUUACCAGGGUUGAACCCAGAGAAUCAGGAUGUUAUUGCAGUUGGUGAAUACUUUGGACAAUACCAAAGAACAUUGGUGCACCUGUGCAUGGACUCUCAACCAUAUUAUGACUGAUGAAUGGCCUGGGUCGCAUUGCGUCAUAGUAAGAAGUUUUGGUGAUACUUGGUUUCUCAGUGAGACGGAAAGGUGAGGCAUUUAUUGAGGUAACAGGUUAUGCAACUCCUAUGCCAAAUUCUCUGGCAAUCGUGGGAUGUUUCUACAUGAUGAAGUUAGUCUACUUGAGAAAGAGGCUGAGCAUUUUUUGCCCAGAUUCGACUUUGCUGGAUUGUAGAAAACAAAAAUGGCGGAAUGGCUUAUAACAAAGUCUGUUGUAGAGAACAUUAUUGAAAGAUGAGUGAUAUUGUUGUAGCUCCUGUACAAAAUUUUUUGGCGGCCACAGGAUCUUCAAAAGGCAUAUGCUUCUUGAUGAUUGGCUGGUGAUUAUUCUGUAUAUUUACAUAUAGAAAAACGGAUUUUGCUUUCCGAAAAUUAAUUGUUUUGAGACAUGAGAUAAAAUAGAAAAAAUCAGCAAACCAUGUACUUUAUAUUUAGCCACCCAUUGUGGCAUA